AUGCUUUUGCUGUUUAUGGGCCUAUUAGCCCUCCUUUACUUCGCAUGGAGUAUGGUGAUGAUGGAGAUCAACUAUCGCCGGGCGUCCGCGAUGGGCAUACCAGUCGUGCGAUUGUGCAUUGACUCCCAGAAUCUGCCUUGGAUGAUUCUCGAGCCCCAUCUAUGGCCAUUGCUCGACAAGUUGCCGUUCAGCUUCGGCAGCUUCGGGCGUUAUUCGCGUCGAGGUUGGUUUUUUCUUGAUAAGGGAGCUUCCCAUCGCCGCUACGGUCCGAUCUGGGCCCUUGCAACUCCACGUGAAAUUACCAUUAUUGUUGCUGAGUCUGAGGCUAUCCAUAAUAUAUUUCAAAGACGAACGGAUUUUGUUCGUCCAAGCAUUAUGUAUAAAGUUUUAGAGGUUUACGGUCCUUGUAUUUCUACAGCUAAUGGACAGGACUGGGCACGCCAUAGGAAAAUCGUCGCGACUCCUUUCAACGAAGGCAUCAUGUCUUACACGUGGGACGAAAGUGUGGAGCAAGCUUCACAAAUGCUCGAUGUAUGGGCCGGCGAAGGGUCAAGCGAGAUUAGCAGCGUCUCAGGGGAUACACGUACAGUCUCAUUGAAUGUCCUGGCUGCAACUGGUUUUCGCAAAUCGUAUCCUUUCCUCAGUGCCCAGGAUCAAAGUGGCCCGGCCAAUUACCGUGACUCCUUGCAGACUAUACUCGACAAUGCAAUUCUAUUAAUGGUUGCCCCAAGAAAUCUCCUACACCUGCCGUUUGCGCCAGAGUCGUGGAAGCGACUUGGCAAAGCUGCCAAGGAUUUCAAAAACCAUAUGCUUACGAUGCUCAAUGAUGAGACCAAGGCACUGAAUGAAGGAAAUCCUGGAUCUGGAAGUAUAAUGACGACUUUAGUACGAGCCAUGGAUAUCCAGCAUGAGAGCACCAAAAGCGAGAAGUCCACCACCUCAGCGAAAGGGCUCUCUGUUGAUGAGAUAUUCGGUAAUAUCUUCGUGAUCAACUUUGCUGGUCACGACACCACGGCAAAUACCCUGAGUUUUACGAUGUUACUUUUGUCUGCGUACCCAGAGGUGCAAGACUGGGUAGCAGAGGAGCUCCAAUCGCUCCCAGAAGAUACCAAGGGACUGUAUUCCGAUCUAUUCCCCAAGCUAAAUCGCUGCAGAGCGAUAAUGCUUGAAACUCUCCGACUCUUCCCGCCAGUCCCCUCUCUCCCGAAGUUGACCUACGGCUCUUCCCAACGUCUGAAAGUGGGAGACAAUACCAUAGUAAUUCCUCAAAACUCCGGAGUGCUGAUAAACCUUAUCAAUACCCACACAAGCCCAGAGUACUGGGCUGAUCCAUUCUCCUGGAAGCCAGCACGAUGGGUCACGACCUCAUCUGUAUCCGAGUCUGAUAGUGCCCUCUUGCUGGAGACUGAGCGAAUGUUAACUCCUAAGUUGGGAUCAACUACACCAGCCGAUGAGCGGGUUGUUACCCCGGCGCGAUGCACCUAUUUUCCCUGGGCCGAUGGCGGGCACAGCUGCCCUGGUAACAAGUUUUCCCAGGUAGAGUUUGUGGCAGUAAUGGCCAAGUUGUUACAUCACCAUCGUGUGCGCGCAAUUCCUAAACCAGGAGAAACAUGUGGACAGACUCGGAAUAGAAUUCUGGCUACGACUCAAGAUGUUGAUCUCCAGCUGCUCCUGCGGAUGAAAGAUGCCGAUCAAGUGCGGUUAUCGUGUGUACGUGUCUAA